UUCGGCUUUGCCCCCUUGCCCUCACCUGCUCCCCAACUUUUCUCUCCGCCUGCUCCCAUCUGGGGGCUUCUGCAGCUUCAGGGGAGCUCGGAGCUUUGCAAGAGUCUGUGCAUUUAUUUCUUACAAAACAAAACCUCACACACAGCCAAUACCAGCGGUGGAGCGGGACGCACUGCACACACAGUCCCGCUCCACAAGGCUGCCCAAACCCGCUCCGGAGCUCCAGGGUGCGCCCUGAAUGCGUCCGGAGCUCCUGUGCUAGUGCCUCUGCGCUCCCCGACCUCGGGACAAGAGGCUACUAGGGAGGAAAGAGCCCUGGGCCGAGCCCGGUUUCUCGUCUGGGCGUCUCUGCCUAGGUCCCUCGCCAGGAGGUCCCGAAGGGCACCAUCAAAUCAUCUCUGGCCAGUGGAAAGAGGGGGUCUAAGUGCUGGGUCCCGGCGUUGUCUCGGCCUCCCAGGGCGCCUCCCAGAACAGGAAGCUUGAGGAACAAAGGGGGGCCCAACAGAGCCCAGUCUCUCGGCCUCGCUUGCGCAACCGUCAGUGGAAGAGAAGCUGCCUCAUACGAGGCGAGCUAACCUGGGCGCAAGUGGUACAGUACAGUCCGGGGACCGUCUGGGCUCCCUCAGGCUCCCGGCUCCGGAUUCCCGCUCCCUGACACCGAUAGCGCCCGCGUCGCCGCCACAGCAGCGUUCAGGACCCAACAAGGGGCCCGGGGCCAUGGAAGCCUCCAAAGUCCUGGCUUCCAGAGUUGCCAGGGGCGCCUGCAACACCGGGCCUCCAGCCGGGAGACUCCACUUGCCUGUCAGCUGUAUUUCUGAUUUACUUGUGUCUUUCGGAGCCCUGGAAAAUAACUACGGAGAUCCUAGGCACUGCCACGAAAUGCUUCCAUUAUCGCCCUCAUUUUACUCCUGGAGGUCUAAGCAAGACCCCAGUAACCCAGCCCGCGGAUCCUCAGACCCCAAGCAGCCUCUGUGGCUGCAAGGAGCCUGGGCCCACUCGCUGAGUUCAAUGGGAACCCUCCAACUUGGGGCCCGGCUGGCUCGAGGAACCAGACCCUGUGAUGAAGAUUUUCCAAGCUGGAUACGUAAGCAAAUCAAAUAGCAAACUAAUGACACGAAAACCAUACUCACAAGAAAGAAAAAUCGACUACGGUUAUAAAAGUGUAUGGAAUUUGACCUUGCUUUGGAAAAACACUACACAAAAGCUAUCUUUAAUAGACGCCUGUCAUUUAAGAGCGGCAGGGACACUGUCCCUCAUGCGCUAGCAAAAACAGAGCCGUAAUUGUAGCUGCUGCUGCUGCUGCGGGCAGGAUUUAUUUCUCCAAUUGGCUAAAUGGCUUUCCCCCUUCCCCGAAGGUGGUAUCUGUAUUUUCAAAAUUCAGAGCUGGCGGCAGGACGGGCAGAACCGACCCCAACCUCGACACAAAAAUAAGAGGCGCUGCAAAACGGGGGAAAUAAAGUUGUUGCAAAUAAAAUGCAGGUCACCACCUCCCCCCAAUCCUCUACAUCCUCACCCGGCGCGCGAUCGGCAGCUGACGGCCUAACAAUUGGUACAUCCUAAUGGAACUGCGAGGGAAAUGCAAUAAUUUUGCCAUAAUGGGCUGUAACCUCAAUUCGACCCCAGCCCUUGCAACCCCGGGUCGGAAGCGGGGCGAUGCGCCCUAACUCCAGCGGGUGGCGCUCGAGUCCGACUGAACGGCGGCAACGGGCGGCGGGCACGCGCCCGGGGCGCGCGCGCCAACCCUCUCGCCUCCACCCAACUCCCCCAUUAGUGCACGAGUUUACCUCUAGAGGUCAUCAGGCAGGAUUUACGACUGGACAACAAAAGCACGUGAUUCGAAGUCGUACCCCAUAUUUGGGUGCCUACGUAGGAGGGAACCAAGUACAUGGCCCAGUCAUUUCCAUAAUUCAUCAUAAAUUGUGCAAGGGUGCUAUAGACGCACAAACGACCGCGAGCCACAAAUCAAGCACACAUAUCAAAAAACAAAUGAGCUCUUAUUUUGUAAACUCAUUUUGCGGUCGCUAUCCAAAUGGCCCGGACUACCAGUUGCAUAAUUAUGGAGAUCAUAGUUCCGUGAGCGAGCAAUUCAGGGACUCGGCGAGCAUGCACUCCGGCAGGUACGGCUACGGCUACAAUGGCAUGGAUCUCAGCGUCGGCCGCUCGGGUUCCGGCCACUUUGGCUCCGGAGAGCGCGCCCGCAGCUACGCGGCCGGCGCCAGCGCGGCGCCCGCCGAACCCAGGUACAGCCAGCCGGCCACGUCCACGCACUCGCCUCCGCCUGACCCGCUGCCCUGCUCCGCCGUGGCCCCCUCGCCCGGCGGCGACAGCCACCACGGCGGGAAAAACUCCCUGGGCAACUCCAGCGGCGCCUCGGCCAACGCCGGCAGCACCCACAUCAGCAGCAGAGAGGGGGUUGGCACGGCGUCCGGAGCCGAGGAGGACGCCCCUGCCAGCAGCGAGCAGGCGAGUGCGCAGAGCGAGCCGAGCCCGGCGCCGCCCGCCCAACCCCAGAUCUACCCCUGGAUGCGCAAGCUGCACAUAAGUCAUGACAACAUAGGCGGCCCGGAAGGCAAAAGGGCCCGGACGGCCUACACGCGCUACCAGACCCUGGAGCUGGAGAAGGAGUUCCACUUCAACCGCUACCUGACCCGCCGAAGAAGGAUUGAAAUAGCACAUGCUCUUUGCCUCUCCGAGAGACAAAUUAAAAUCUGGUUCCAAAACCGGAGAAUGAAGUGGAAAAAAGAUAAUAAGCUGAAAAGCAUGAGCAUGGCCGCAGCAGGAGGGGCCUUCCGCCCCUGAAUAUCUGAGCGUUUAAAGUACUGAGCAGUAUUAGCGGAUCCCGCAUAGUGUCAGUACUAAGGUGACUUUCUGAAACUCCCUUGUGUUCCUUCUGUGAAGAAGCCCUGUUCUUGUUUCCCUAAUUCAUCUUUUAAUCAUGAGCCUGUUUAUUGCCAUUAUAGCGCCUGUAUAAGUAGAUCUGCUUUCUGUUCAUCUCUUUGUCCUGAAUGGCUUUGUCUUGAAAAAAAAAAAAAUAGAUGUUUUAACUUAUUUAUAUGAAGCAAGCUGUGUUACUUGAAGUAACUAUAACAAAAAAAGAAAAGAGAAAAAAA